ACCCUCUCCAUUUCUUCUCUAUCUGACACCCAUCCAGCCCGAAGAUCGGCGUCCUCCGCCGCCUCUGCGCGAAUCAGCGACGGCACUGACCCGGCGUGGAAUGCCGCCUGUCCAAUGACCAGCCAACAUGCCGGCCAGGGGACAUCGCGUGAAGAUAUGCGUGAUAACCGCCCCUCGGCGACACAGGGCCUCUUCUCUCCACCAAUCCCACCGUUCAGUGCAUUUCAUUUCCGGCCAGCACAGCGCGGCACGAUGCAGUCGGCAGAGAUAGCUAGCACUCCUGCACAUGCAAGGGGGUCGUGUCCGUGUCCCGCUGACCGACGGAUUUCUUUUCGGCGCAUAUAUAAAUCAGCCCUGCUCGCGAUGGAUGGGAUUGCAGGCAGGCAGCUUUUUCUUUCUCCAUCAAUUCCUCCCUAGCCAGCCAACAUGGUCCGCGCUCUGUUGCCCGCUCUUCUGGCCCUCCCUCUGGUUUCGGCCCUGCCAGCCGCCCUGCCCACUCCUCCUGGCAUUCCGUCGACGAGCACCGCCGAGUCCGAGCUGGCCAAGUUGACCGUUGCGGCGCAGGGCUCGGGCAGUGACUAUGACCGGGACCUUUUUCCGCACUGGAUCAGUCAGGGAAAUAGCUGCAACACUCGCGAAGUCGUGCUGGCGCGUGACGGCGAAGACGUAGAGCAGGACUCGUCAUGCGCCGCUGUCAGCGGAACCUGGCUGUCCGAGUAUGACGGCGAGACGUUCACGGACUCGAGCGACUUGGAUAUCGACCAUAUCGUGCCGCUGUCGAAUGCCUGGAAGUCCGGCGCGUCUAAGUGGACCACCUCCCAGCGUCAGGCGUUCGCCAACGACUUGACCAACCCGCAGUUGCUGCCUGUUUCUGCUAGCUCGAAUCGCUCGAAGGGCGAUAAGGGUCCCGAGAGCUGGAAGCCGCCACUUAAAUCGUUCUACUGCACCUACGCCAAGAUGUGGGUCAAGAUUAAGUCGGUGUAUGAUUUGACCAUCACGAGCGACGAGAAGAGUGCGCUGGUCGACAUGUUAGAUACGUGUUAAUUUCCGGGGUUUGGGACAGAUUGUUGUCGGGGAUGAGAUGGUUUAGUCGGUGUUAUGUACAAAGUGGGUUAGUUCUGCCGGCAGAAAUGGAUAUGAAAAUGGUUAUGAGUUUAUGAAUGUCUGGAAUCUCUACCGAG